UUCAGGAAGAUCUUGUUUGUGCUCCAUCCCUCUCCACAGACUCGGUGUUGCACACAGCUUGGGAGCAGUUUCCGGUGAACCCCCAGGCAGAGACACGGCUGUGGAUUGAGCACUCUGACGGCUCUUCACCUUACCAUACUGAACGUCCAUCUCAAGAUUGGGCAGUGAUCGUCAUGGAGACCCGAGACAAAGAUGGCACUUCGCCACCGAGCUCAAAGAAGAAGAAUGUGUCAAAGGAAGAGGAAGAGCUCCAGGGCCAGCCGGGCAUCUGUGGCCUCACCAAUCUGGGCAACACGUGCUUCAUGAAUUCAGCUCUGCAGUGCCUCAGCAAUGUGCCACAGCUCACCGAGUACUUCAUCACCAAUCGCUACCUGGAGGAGCUCAACUUCGGCAAUCCGCUGGGCAUGAAGGGUGAGAUUGCAGAGGCCUACGCAGACCUGGUGAAGCAGGCAUGGUCUGGCCAACACUGCUCCAUUGUGCCCCACGCGUUUAAGACCAAGGUGGGCCACUUUGCAUCCCAGUUUCUGGGCUAUCAGCAGCACGACUCUCAGGAGCUGCUGUCAUUCCUCCUUGAUGGGCUUCAUGAGGACCUCAAUCGAGUCAAGAAGAAAGAGUAUGUGGAGCUUUGUGAUGCUGCUGGGCGCCCUGAUCUGGUGGUGGCUGAGGAGGCUUGGUAUAACCAUAAGCGGCGGAACAACUCUGUGAUUGUGGACACUUUCCACGGCCUCUUCAAGUCGACGCUGGUGUGCCCUGAUUGUGGCAAUGUGUCUGUGACCUUCGACCCCUUCUGCUACCUCAGCGUUCCGCUGCCUGUCAACCCCAAGAGGGUCAUGGAGGUCUUCUACGUCUCCAUGGAUCCCCGCCGCAAGCCAGAGCAGCACCGGCUUAUUGUUCCCAAGAAAGGCAAAGUCUCGGAUCUGUGUGUGGCCCUGUCCAAGCACACUGGUGUCCCGCCAGACAGGAUGAUGGUGGCCGAUGUCUUCAGUCACCGCUUCUAUAAGAUUUAUCAGCUGGAUGACCCUCUGAGUAGCAUCUUAGACCGAGAUGAUAUCUUCAUCUAUGAGGUGUCACCCAGGGCUGGGAACGACGAGGGCAUGAGAGAGGAUAUUGUGCUGCCUAUCUACCUGCGGGAGCGCUCUCCAGCCCGAGAUUUCAACAAUUCUUACUAUGGCCUGAUGCUUUUUGGGCACCCUCUCCUGCUCUCUGUGCCCCGUGACCGGCUUACCUGGGAUGCUUUGUAUCACAUCCUGCUGUACCGCCUCUCGCGCUAUGUGGCCAGGCCCAGCUCUGAUGAUGACGAUGACGGGGAUGACAAAGGAGAUGGCGGGAAUAAGGGUAACAACCCCUCCAAGUCUGGACAAACCGCUGGAGGCAACCCUCAAGACCCUGGCCUGGACCAGGCUGGGCCCAGCUCUGGAGUCAUGGGCAGGAACCGGGCUCCUGCAGACAACUCCCCUGGACCUUCUAACUGGCCUCAGAGAUCUCGGCGCAAGCACCUGUUUACCCUGCAGACCGUGAAUUCCAACGGGACCAGUGACCGCCUGACCUUCAAUGAAGAUGGCCAUGGUGUCUCCUUCAGCUCCCAGCCGUACAUUGCCAUCGACUGGGAGCCAGACAUGAAGAAGCGUUACUACAACGAGGUGGAAGCGGAGGGCUACGUGAAGCAUGAAUGUGUUAGCUAUGUGCUGAAGAAAGCUCCGGUGAAGCUGCAGGAGUGCAUUGAGCUCUUCACCACUGUUGAGACUCUGGAGAAAGAAAACCCUUGGUACUGCCCUAACUGUAAGCAGCACCGGCUGGCCACCAAGAAACUGGAUCUGUGGAUGCUGCCCGAGAUCUUGAUCAUCCACCUGAAGCGCUUUUCUUACACCAAGUUCUCCCGAGAGAAGCUGGACCUCCUCGUGGAGUUUCCUAUCCGGGACUUGGAUCUCUCUGAGUUUGUCAUCAAACCCCAGAGCGAAUCUGAGCCAGGACUUUACAAAUACGAUCUCAUUGCGGUUUCAAACCAUUACGGAGGCCUGCGUGAUGGUCACUACACUACAUUUGCCUGCAACAAGGACAGUGGCCAGUGGCACUACUUUGAUGACAACAGUGUCUCUCCAGUGACUGAGGAUGAGGUUGAGGCCGAGGGAGCCCAGGCCGAGGGAGGCCAGCCUGAGGGAGGCCAGGCCGAGGGAGCCCAGCCCAACUUCUCUGGCCCCCCAGAGCCCCCAGUUUGCUCCCCACCCAACUGUGAGAACAUGGAUGUCAACUGA